GCAGUGACAACUCUGACACACGCCGGACACUGCUGCACGCCCGCCCGUCCAUCCUAACUUCUGGAAUGGCGUAGCUUUCUCUCUCUCCCCCCCGGAUCACCUCCCAAUCGGACACGGACAUGCACGGCGGGCACAACGGGGAAUCUGGACAUCCUUUCCAGCAUCAGCGCCGCACAGUCUGAGGAAAAAUGGUGAGCAAGGAGGGCGGCAAAUGCAUGCUCACCAACUCAGAGUCCGACUCGGAGGCGGCGCCCUUGCCCUCCACCUCGCUGGCGCUGCAAGUUAAGUAUUCUCUGGACGCCGGUCGACAGGUGAGGAAAAGGAACAAGGCCCUGCAAGUGCGUUUCAAGGAUAUCUGCGAGGCGCAGAACGAGCAGAGGGAGGCGGAGCUGCAGGCGGCCGGCAGGGAUGGCAAGCCUCUGUCCUACAAAGUGGCGUACCGCAAGUACAUGACGGUGCCGGCCCGCAGGUCCAUCCCGAACGUGACGCGGAGCACCGGGGUGCAGACAUCCCCGGACCUGAAGAAACGCUAUCAGACGUUCCCCUUUGAGCGCAAGAAAGGGCACACCCUUAAACAUGUGGCGGCGGUGGAAACGUACAAAGGUCAGAAUAAUGGCUUUGUCAUGGAGGUGAAGCCGUCCCAGGCUGCAGAGCAGUGUUUGGAUGACGAGGAGGAGGAGGAGGAGGAGGAGGGAGCCUGCGGGGUGAGCGGAGUCCGGAGGACCAAAGCUCUGCUCCAUACUAAUGAGUGCAUCGCCACGGUGGAGCAGCACAAUGCACCUGACGGCUUGUGCUCGGACGCUCUGCUGCUGAGUUGCCCCGCCGACUCGGACUGCCUGGCGGAUGCGCCGCGAGGACAAGGAAGCGGGGUUGGGUCACAGGGACAGUACCAGCUCUGCGGCGCGUCCUCCAAAGCCGGCGCAGGAUUACGACACGGAGAGGCUGACACGGACCGCGCGGCUAAAAGACUGCUCCAUCUGGAGGACGGCUCGUGUCGGACCCUGCCGGACAGGGCCUCCAAGGUCACGGGGCCAAUCGCCUGGAACUCGCUCACGCAAGUGGAGUGCCUGGACAGUCUGUCCGCGCGCAGCAAGAGGAAGAAAAGCCUGCAGCUCAACGGGUUGCAGAGCGAGACGCUGCCGCGUUCCCGCAGAGGCUGUAGCACACAGGCGCAGUGUCACGUGGGACAAUUAUUAGCCAGGCCUCUGGGGGGCAUGGACAAGUCUCAGUCACUCUUUGGAGGCGGCGACGAAAGGGGGGCGCCGUCGAACCCCAGGCAGGAGGCCUGCAAGCAAAUAGUGCCUAUGAAUCAGGAUGGGGAUGUUAAAGCACGGCUGCAAGCCAUGGAGAACCUCAUUAGCUCCAGCCAGGAGACCAUCAAGGUGCUGCUGGGGGUGAUCCAGGAACUGGAGAAGGGAGAGGCCCACAGAGAAGGGCUCUCCUAUCGCACCGGACAGGACACGGCCAACUGUGACACAUGCCGGAACAGCGCGUGCAUUAUUUACAGUGUGGAGCUGGACUUCAAACAGCAAGAGGACAAGCUGCAGCCGCUCAUGAAGAGGCUCUGCCCGAUGGACGACACCCACUUCGCCGCCCUGCCGUACCCCCAGGAGGCCUUCACCUCCACCCCCAAGCGCAAGUCCAAAGCAGAGUCCAAGAAGCACGCUCGCUGGAGACUUUGGUUUAUGUGAAGGCAGACGACCCUCCUUUCCGCCUCUCGGUUUACUUGGAGGUCACGUGGGCGACUGGAUAUUGUACAAAUUCCCUGAGCUUAGAGACAUUCGAUGAGUCAAAUCAGAGUUAUUUUUUGGAACAAUGAACUUAUUGAUGAUCAACACGGGAUGUUCUUAGCGGCAGCCUCCUGGAGAGGUGGCGAUGUCUCCCUACACAGCAAAGCACAACUGACAUUGUUCAGGAUCUACUUUAAUCCAACACCAACAACUCACACUAUUCAUAUCUUCAGAGGACAACAACAAAAAGCUAGGAUCAAUUUCUAUAAAAUUGUCAACUUUCAACUGACUUUGAAGGGGGUGAAAAAUGUGAAAUAAAUAACACUUAUUUUCUUAAAGGCAUUUUCAAUCUUGGGACUUUGACUGACAUUUGUUUUCUAUAUAAAUAUAUAUCUGUAUAUAAAACAACCUUGAGGUGAAGUGCGAUAUAUUUAUUAAGCAGCAGUAAAGACGAGAAUGUGCAGCCGGAGGAAAAUGGGAUUCACUUUGCUUUUUGUCGGCCAAAAAAAAGAAAAAGAAACAACACCUUGCGCUUAAAUAUCCUUUUUGUUUUGUUCCAACCUCAAGAAGAGUACAUACUGUUGAAGGGUAACAGAAAAUAUGUGAUUGUACCGCUGCAUUGCAGAACUGAAUGUGCCACUUGUGAUCACAAGCAGGGCUUCUUGCUUUUUGCAACAGGAUGUUUUUUUCAAGCUUUUUGAGAAAAAGACAAAAUGAUUUCUUUGCUAACCUUUUUAAAAAAAAUACAAACAGCAGGUGAUCAAGCCCCAUCUAUUGGACUAUAAAUAUCCAUCUUCACGCAGGGCUCACAGAUUAUAUACAUGUAUAGCCAAGAUAUUUGCAAUUA